UAAACCGGAGGGGCUAGCAAUGUAAACAAGUUCCCUCUUACCCCUUCUAGCCUUAACUGUGGCAAACUUUUGAUGACGCAUUUAUCUAUAUAAAUGAUUUAAACUGUCUCCAUUCUUUUAUUUAGAGAAAUAGAGUUAUAUUAUUUUUCUGCACUUGUGGAUACUGUCAUCCAAUAAGCACCCAAAACCGUAAGUAAGCACGAUUGUUUUUAUAGACAAAUACACUCAUUUUUUAUAAGAAACUGGUUAUAAGAAACAAGUACUGGACAGUCAGAAAAAAUUAAGAAACUUCAGUACUCGAAGCAAAAAAAAGAAACUAUUAAAUCGUGAUGAGAACAACGAAAUUUUGUAAAAUCCAAGAACAUGAUUGCCCUGUUGGCCUAGAACUUAAGACACACAAGGGAUAAAAAUAUACUUCCCACAUUUAAAUACAGCAUCAGAACGGAAGCAAAAUUCUUGACGUGAUAAAAAAGAUCACAAACAUUUCAUAACAUCAUUCAUGACAUCAUUAUUAAGAAAUUCUUAAGAAACAAUGAGUAUAGAAAUUUCCAGAACAUUAAGAAACUGGAGUACUCAACAUGAUCUUUGUUUCUUAUAAAAAAAUUAGUGUAGACAGCGAGACAGUAUACCUCCAGUGGUGUAGUGCUAUCAAAAUAACAAGGGGGCUCCUGCACAAAAUUUUGCGAAAAACAAUAGCAAAAGUAGAAAUUUGCAAAUUUUCGGCAUCAACAAUGGGGGGCUCAGCAUCAACAAUGGGGGCCCCCAGCACUAAACACCUGUCUUCCCCCCACAAUCUCCUCUUCGUCUCAGAAAAUUUAUAUUCUAUGCUUCAUGGUCACUGUGUGAAAUUGCUAUAUACGCUGGUGGCUCAAGUUCAGUACUACAGACAGUGGUGGCGCCAGGGGAGGGCUAGGGGGGCUACAACCCCUCCGUCGGAAGCAUCUAGCCCCCCCAUCGGAGAAAAUGUUAGGUUAUUGUCGGAGCAAAUUUGACAAAAUAACGUACGAAAACUGCUUAUUUUAGUCAUUUUAGCCCCCCUGUCGGAAGCUCCAACCCCUCUGUCGGAAGAUUUCUGGCGCCACCUCUGACUACAGAUAGUAGAUAAAGGAUAAGAAGGACAAAGAUUCAUGCAUCGUUGAUUCAAUGCACAAAUAAAGAAUCAGAAGGAAGAACCACAAUAGCGUUAUUUCCCUGAGCACCACGAAAGGAAGCUGCUUCGACUACUAGCACUCUUGAAACGGGAAGCCCUAGUAGACAUGAUCAAUGUCCGACACUUCCGCAAGCCUGUUCUGAUAACCAAAUGGAUCAACUGGUCGGUUGUAAGUCUCGUAAAGAGGCAAAUCACUUUGCUUUCACAGGCUACUAAUACAAACGACUUGCAUGACUUCGAUUCGUUGCCAGGCCCAAAAUUAUGGCCUGUACUGGGAAAUCUCGAACAUCUAAAAAAAGGUGUUACCAUGACUCACGAAGUACAGUUAGAGAUGGUUCGAAAGUAUGGACCAGUUUGUAAGGACAGCCUACUUGGUUUGCGGACCGUUAUUAUCAGUGACCCCACAAUAGGAGAGGAGAUUUACAGAGCAGAAGGCAAAUACCCUUUCAGAGAUUUAAAGUUUGCUUUUGGAGAGUUCUUUGAAGAGAGAAAAAACCUUGGCUUGCCACCGUCAAUCCUUGAGCUGAAUGGUGAAGAAUGGGCUGCUCUGCGAAAAAUGCUUAGUGAAGCAAUGAUGAAACCAAUAAAUGUCAAAAGAUUCUACCCAGCAUUCAGUUCUGUUGCACUAGAUGCAAUUGAUAGUAUCAACACUAUUAAAGAUCAGAAUGGAAUCAUACAAGAUAUCAGAGAAUCAGUCCUUGGCAAAUGGUCUCUUGAAUCAAUUGGAAUGUUUGUAUAUGGAAUGCGAAUGGGUUUGUUAGAUAAAGAUAUGACAGAGGUUUCAAAAACAUUUUUUGAAGCCAUUAAGGUUGCUCUUGGGAAGAGUGUGUACUUCUCGCGAAGCAAGUUGCUGAAGUUUAUAUACCGCUCCGAUUUCAAGCAGUUACAGGCAUCUAUUUUAAACUGGUACAAAUCUGCUAGCCACUAUAUGGAAGAAUUUAUGGAUCAAGUGAAAAGAUGUCCCAGUUUGGGUGAUUCAUUGAUCAGCAGCUCUUUGAUGAGUUAUAUGAUGUUCAAAAGGAAUCUUGAUCCAAACGAAUGUGCUACACACGCAGUUGAAAUGUUUGGUGCUGGCUAUGAUACGACAUCUGACUCUACUACUUGGUUAUUGUACUGGCUUGGUAGAAACCAAGAUAAGCAGGAGAUUCUGCUUCAAGAGCUGAAUGAAAAAGUCCCGGAUGACUGUAUGCUUACGGAUCGCAUUAUUCAGAAGAUGCCAUACCUAAGAGCCUGUAUCAAAGAAUCAGCGAGACUUACUCCUUUAGGAUUUGCAUCAGUCAGGACGUUCGAGGAAGAUAUUGUAUUACAGAAUUACAUUAUACCAGCAAAUACGCCGUUGAUGAUCAGCAGUUAUGCAAUGGGAAGAGAUGAAAAGAUUUAUCCCAAUGCUACCACGUUCCUGCCAGAGAGGUGGCUGCGCGAAAAAGAAGACAAAUCAGAAAUAAACCCAUUCGCGACCUUAACUUUUGGCUUUGGGGCACGUUCUUGUUUAGGCCGACGUUUAGCAGAGGCAGAGAUGCAAGUCUUUACAGCAUUGCUCAUUAAAAGGUUCAAGGUGGUGCAUUUAGGAAAGGAACAGGUUGGUGAAGUAUAUCUUGGCCUUAAACCAUCGGAUGACAUAAAAUUUGCGUUUUAUGAAAGAUAAAACCGUCAUUUUAUUGACUAUGCUAUCUCUAUUUUCUGCUGUGCACUAAAAAUUUUCGAAUAUUUAAAAUGUCAUUGCUUAUUAAUUUUUUGUAUUUAUUAAUUAUUAAUUGGAAAUACUAUGUUUUUUUAAUAAUUUCCAAACUCCCCUACUAAUUCAAACACCCCUUUUGACCAAUUUUUGAGAAAUGGAAAUGAUUGUGAACGUAAGUUUGAAUAUUUUCUCAAAAGCAAAUGCUCCUACAUUUAAUUAUGUUUAUCUAUAGUCUCAUGAAGAUCAUUCAAUAAAACCAGAUUUCAUGAGUAUAAUUUAUCAGUAACAGGACUGAUAUAACUAUGAAAAUAGAGAAAGACUAUUUUAAACUUUUUCGAUCUCCUCCCUCAAAACAUUCAACACCCCCGAUUAUUAUAAUAUGGAACCUUCUUCAACCCUUCCGAUUGUUUCAACCCCUCUGUCGCUAUAUCUUAUUAUUCCGAUUAUUAUGAUGGCGAACCAUCCACUAACCCCCUCCCCUCCUCCGAUCAUUCUCACCCCACCCUCAGUUUAUUGCGUACAACAUGUUUUUCCGAAAAGUUCACGGAAUCUUAAGAUCGUCAUGUCACAACUUUGCCUUUUCCCUACUCCAUGGAGACACUAAAGCUCUUUUCAAUAAUGCAACAUUUAUAUCAUGCAAAAGAUGUAUAAGAAAGCCAGUCCUUUUACAUUUUUGUUUUAUAUAUAUAUAUUUAUUUAUUUAUUUUUUCAUUAAAAUAUUUUUUAAUCUAGUCAGAGGGGUUGCUCGCUUAGACUUUGUAUCGUGGCUACUCGGAAGCUAAGCACCCAAAGCGAUUACCUGGGAUACUUGCUGUUGAAUAUACACAAUUGUAGAAUAUUAGAUUCAUAUUUUGAAUAAGAAAAUGCUGUUAGGUGAGAUUUUAGUUAAGGUAGAUCUUGCUUUAAUUUUGCUGCUAUAUAAUUCACAGCUGUCUUUUAAUUGGCGUCGCUUUAAGUAACUUUUAAAGGUGUAUGAUUUUAAAGGUAGAUUCAAUAAAAGGUGUAUGAUUUUAAGAAUCCUAAUAGAGAGA